AGGGCUGCCCAUUGAUAGCAGAGGCGCGAAUCAUUACAUUACGCGCCCGGCGAGGAACUGUCAUGCCAACGCUGUCUUUGGGAACCUCGAAUAUCCAUAGCCGACUCUAUAGGCACAGUGCCCGGGGAGCUUGAGCGCAUCGUGUGACCUACGCCGACUAUCCUGCUACACCCCCUGAGAACUGAGGUGCUCCGAAUCGAUACGAGGAGACCACACAGGCUAAAUAUCUUUACAGUUUUUUAAGAAGACAUCAGAGGAAAAAAAAAAAAAAGAGUGCGAGAUGAACUGCGUUCUCAAAACCUUGUGUACUGUAUGCCUUGCAUUCGGUGUGGCCUGGGGUCGGGAGGUGACUGUACCCGCCGGGCCCCUCUUGCGAGUGGAAGGCCAGUCGGUGGCGCUCCCCUGCUCGGUCACGAACUACGAGGGACCCCGCGAGCAGGACUUUGAUUGGAUGGUGGUGAGGGGGGACACCGACAUGGACACUGUUCAGAUCAUCUCCACUUUUGACGCCUCGUUCACAGAUGUUUCCUUGAGAGAGCGCGUGGCCAGCGGGGAUAUCCUGAUAAAGCGUCUGGCCGACAACAAAGUGGAGCUAGGGAUCAAGGAGGUGAAAGUGACGGAUAGCGCCACCUACAGGUGCAAAACGCCCAGCACGGACACACAGAUUGUGGGGAAUUAUGCAGCUGAUGUGGAACUUCGAGUCAUACCCAACAGCCUGGUGGUGGAGCCCCGCACCCCUGCGGCGGUCAUUCCCGAGGGUGGCACCGUGGGCCUCUUCUGCAACGCCUCCUGGGACCACACCCUGGGCACCCAGCUCUCCGUCACCUGGUCCGCCCGGAAAGGAGUGGCCACCCUAGAGGACCUGCUGACGUUCGGACCGGACGGCGCGGUGGUGGUGACGGACACGGCGGCUCAGCGCUACGCCAGCGGCGGACUGAGGCUGGACCUGCACCGCAAGGGCACCUACGGGCUGGUGCUGACCGGCGCCGUGCCAGCCGACCAGGGCGUGUACGUGUGCACGGUCCGGGAGUGGACGAGGGAGGGCGGCACCUUUUACAAGCUGCAGCAGAAGAGGACGGACAUCGGGCACGUCUCCAUCACGCCAACAGCCCAGUCGCUCAACAUCUCGGCCCACGGCAGCACCGCUCUGACCACAGGGGACACGCUGACCCUCAGCUGCCUGGUCGGGGCGGACGACUACUCCAUCCUGGGCCUGGAGGUGGCUUGGUUGACGGCCGGCUCCCGUGUCCUGGCCCGCAUGGACCGCGACGGCGUGGUAAGCAACGGAUCGGGCACGGACCCCGUGGCGGCCGCGGGGCUGAAACGCGUACGCGAGGGCGAGUUCAGGCUGGUGGUGCCCGCCAUGGAGACGUCCGACGCGGGCAUGUACCUGUGCCAGGUGCGGGCCUGGGCGCGCCUCAGCGGAGGAGGCUGGUACCAGGCGGCAGAGAAGACCUCCAACCAGCUCCAGGUUCGAGUGACCCAUUUAGAAGUCUCAAACCAUGUUUGUGUCAAAAGAACGGCCGCCCUGUCAGGAUCUAAGACUACCCAGCAGGACCUCCGGAAAAGAGACGAGGACAGUGAAAGACAGAAGAGAAGGAGAGAAAGGAAGAGGCAGUCAUCUAGAGAGGGAGAACACAGAUUUCAGCGUGCUCUUCUCGGCCCUGGCCACGCCCGUCUGCCGGUGAAUUCCCCGGGGCUGGAGUGUCAGCGUGACCAGCGUCCGCGCACCAACCGGGACAACCCGGCCGCCAUCUCCUGCCGGGCGUCAUGGUCGGCUUCGCUGGGCGUCAGCGGCCUCACGCGGGUCCCGGGUCCCCCCCGCCCGGCCUGGGCGCCCGGACUGAUGCCGUGGCCCAGCGAGGAGCCGCUCACCUUCAAGCUCCGCCUGCUGCAAACAGGCGAGAUGGACCUGGGGGAGUACACCUGCAGCGUCAGCACCUGGAGCCCCGCCCGCUCUGGAGGAUGGGACAGCACCGUUGACCAGCAGACCCCCGCCUUCAAGCUCUCAUUCGCAACGAAAAGCCCAACUCUGAGCGUCGUAGCUCGCCGCGUGCGCGAGGCCACCAGCAGUGGCGCCACCUUCGAGAUGAGCUGCCAGGUGAUGGCCGAGAACCUGCGCAGCCCGGCGUACUCGGUGCUGAUCCACGCGCAGGUGACACCGAGCGCUCCGCAGCGGCGCAUCGCCUCGCUCAGCCCGGAGUCGGUGGUGCGGCUGGAGGACUGGAGCGAGCCGGGUCGGCAGGACUCGGUGGUGCUGCUGCGGACCGGACCGCAUGAGUUCAGCUUCCGCCUGCAGGGCGUGCAGGUGUCCGACCGGGGCUUCUACUCGUGCGAGGUCGGCGCCUGGACCAAGCAGCCAGGGGAGACGGACUGGACCAAGGCAGUGCGCGGAGUGUCCAACAAAGUCCAGAUCUCCUUCGACCACACAGGUCCAUCGUUCGGCAUCUCCAUCAGCUCCGACACCACCAGCGUGUACCCCUGGGAGACGGCCAAGAUGGAGUGUGCCAUGAGUGUCUCUGGAACCCCUCCAAACCCAGACGACAUGGUGUUUGAGCUGCGCUGGUUCCUGACGCGGCUCCGCGGCGCCGACGACCCUGUGCUGCUGGCCACCAUGGACCGGCACGGUGUGGUCAAGAGGGGCCCGCGCAACGACAGCAGCGACGUGAGCCUGGAGCGCUCGGGCCCGCACUCCUACCGGCUCAGCCUCUACAGCGCCCAGGACAGCGACACGGGCGAGUACCACUGCGCCGCCACGCCCUGGAUACGCUCGCCCGCCACAGGCUCCUGGAGCCAGGCGCCCGCCCUCACCUCCGCCAGGGUCUUCCUCAACGUCAAGUUCGCCUUGUGGGACUCCAUGAAGCUGCCGCUGCUGUUCGGUGUGUGUGCCGCCGCCUUCAUGGGCCUGCUGUCCCUGCUGCUGGGGCUCAUCUGCACCCGCUGCUGCUGCCGGAGCACGUCCUACACCCCGCGCCCCCGCACCAAGCUCAUGGAGCUCGAGAUGGACUGACAACGACUGUAGGGCCCCCCCACCUCUACCACUCUCUGGACCAGUGCGAAGCAUAUCCCAACAGCUACCAGUACCACAUGAGAAGGGUAUUGGCAGUGUGCGUUAUUGACCUCUGGAUGCACCAAUGAGGGAAGGGGGAGGGAUAUGAUUGGACCAGAAUGAGGAGGGAGGAGCCACUUAACAACCAAUGAAGGCCGCCAGUGGAAGCCUGGAGAUGUUAUUGCACUUGACUCUUGGCUGGAUUUUUAGCAAACUAUCUCCAUUUUUAUUUUCCUUUUGUUAGUGUUUUUAAUGACUUUCUGAAGAGACAAACACACACACACACACACACACACACACACACACACAGAGCAAACAGAGCUUUAAACCGAGCCAAUAUGUAGGAAAAGCAAUUCAUUCAUGUGAAGCUUAGAAGUUCUUAUAUUUCUUCAGCAAGGUCCUGUGCUCAAUGACCAUGGCCUUGUCAACCAUAUAUGAAUCUCUAGAAGGAUUCUGCCAUACAAAGUAAAUUCACCAGGACGCACAGCAUCCAGGUUUAAUGCUAAAAUACUAAUAUGGAUGGUGCUAGCAAAUACACUGAAAGCCGCCCUAACAUGGGAAAAGUAGUUCUUAGUAAAUGUUUUUAGGUGGGAAAAUCCAGUGAAUUGGAUUGUUUGUGGUUUUAAAUGUGGAAGACGUAUGCACUGACUGACUUACUGAUCGACUGACUGACCAACGGAUCAUGUUAGACUGACUGGAAGCAACGAGCCGCGAGGCCAGUUCCUGGUGGGGCCGACCCUGUGCCUUUGGCCCCAGACUCACGGGCCCCCUGGGGCAGCUCCGGAGACUGCUCAUCCACCUCUCCGUCCAAGAGGAAGUGGAGCUGAACGUGCUCCCCCACCCCACGCCGUCCUCCCUCACGCUCACCCUACACCCCCCACCCUACAUCCGCAUGGCAUUGUGGGAGAUCAUCUCAGAUCGGCGACCUCGUCUCUUCGCAUCGGUCACACUCCCCGUCUCUCUCUCUCUCUCUCUCUCUCUCUCUCUCUCUCUCUCUCUCUCUCUCGAUCCAGCUGCAGGGCGUUGACCCUAAAUGGGACCCCUUCUCCGCCCAUGUCCAACUCUGUGUGUGUGUGUGUGUGUGUGUGUGUGUGUGUGUGUGUGCAUUAUGGCUCUUCUCCCUGGAGCCAUCUUCCAGCCGGCAGAGACCCGCAGAGACCCAGGAACAAAAGCACUCCCCUCCCUUCCCUCCAUACGGAGUUUCCCCAGUGAGCCUUUCGGGAAAAAAAAGAGAGAGAAAAAAAAUAAUGCAAGAUCUCUCCAGCAUGUCAUUGUCCUCCCACACAUCCUCCCACACACACACACACACACGCACACACACACACACGCACGCACGCACACACACAAAUACACACACACACACACACACACACACACACACACACACACACACACACACACACACAUACACACACACACACACACACAAUGCCUCGUAUGCCUACUUGGUCCACUGAUCCAACAGAAAAGGUUUCUUGUGAAGCAGACCAGAUGGAUCAUAUCGGCAGCCAAUGGCAUCCUGGGUCCCUGAUCUGUGACAAGUUUAUUACACAAGAGCGCCGCCCUGGUGGACUUAAUCAUUAUGCCAUGACCACAGGUCACUGAGGUGGGACUUUACUGACAUGAGCACUGUUAUGUUUUGCUGUUGUUGUUACGAUGUUGAUAUAAUUAUUAUUAUAUUGUUCUUGUUUUAAUUAAUAUUAUUAUUUUUAGUUUUUUUCCCAACUUGAAAUUCUAUUGUGACAUUUUUAGCAUAUUUUGAGUAUUUCUUGAUGCUACCGCGCCAAUGUGAGUUGUUAUGACUGCGUAUGUUUGUGCCAUUUUCUUCCUCCAGUAAGGGUCAUGUUUGAUCAGGUUUUGUAUAUUUCAUUAGAUUUUACACCGUUCUGGAUAAAAAAAUGAGAAAUUAACAGUAAAUGUUUUAUAUUGAU